AUGUUUUUUCAUAAAACAACAACACCACGGAAAAGAAGAGGAGAAAGAAGUCAAAACGGAAGUUCGAGUAAAAACAAUUUGUUUUCAGGCGGUUUAUCGACAACUCUUCCAGCGGAUAUUUUUCUAUCCGAAAAUUGCACUCAAGUUUUCGCUCAAACGGGUACGACGCCGAUUUUACACUGCGAAGUUGGCGAAAUCGAAGAUAUAACCGUGUCUUGGAUAAGAAGAAAAGAUUUUCAUUUGUUGACAGUUGGUUUGGCCACGUACAGCAGCGAUGAACGAUUUUUUACAUCUCACGUACUUCAUCCACAGGAUUGGGCUUUACACAUACGUUUCGCGGGUACUAAAGAUACGGGUUUAUACGAAUGUCAAGCAUCAACUCAUCCUCCGACGAGUUUGUUUGUUAAACUUCAACUAGUCGAAGCAAGAGCUGAAAUUCACGGAGCACCUGAAAAAUUUGUUAUGAGUGGAAGCUCACUUAAACUCACUUGUAAGCUUUUAUUAAGCACCGAACCUCCGACUUAUGUUUUUUGGUAUCACGAAAAAAGAAUGAUCAAUUACGAUCGGGAAAGAGGAGUGGAAGUUAUUUUGGGAAGAUAUUCGAGCGAUUUAUUAAUAUCAAAAGCUCAAAAACCGGAUUCUGGAAAUUAUACAUGUGCACCGUCUAAUGCUCAAUCUGCAAGCAUAAUAGUGCACGUGUUAAAUAGCACGUUGGGUGAGUGA